AUGUCCGUGUCCGCAGAGGAGGUUGCCAAGCACAACAAGGACGGUGAUGACAGCGACUGCUGGGUGAUCGUUGGCGAUCAGGUGUUGGACGUGACCGCCUUUCUCUCCGACCAUCCCGGUGGCAAGAAAUCGAUCAUGAUGUUCGCUGGCAAGGACGCCACAGAGGAGUUCGACAUGCUCCACGACCGCAAGGUCAUCAAGAAGUAUGGCCUUGACGAGGCAUUGGUUGGACCUCUUCGCUUUGGAGCCACCGAUUGCAAUGAACAUGUGAUCCAUCCACAUCAGCGUCAGCCAUCGUUGCAGAGACCGUGUCUUUGGUCGUCGAGCUCUCUCGCCCUCUUCCCUUCCGCGCCGUCGCUGCAUUUCGCCAUGUCCGUGUCCGCAGAGGAGGUUGCCAAGCACAACAAGGACAGCGACUGCUGGGUGAUCGUUGGCGAUCAGGUGUUGGACGUGACCGCCUUUCUCUCCGAACAUCCCGGUGGCAAGAAAUCGAUCAUGAUGUUCGCUGGCAAGGACGCCACAGAGGAGUUCGACAUGCUCCACGACCGCAAGGUCAUCAAGAAGUAUGGCCUUGACGAGGGCACCGUCGUGCUGAAGGGCACGAUCAAGAAGUGA